CUGGAAGCUGUCGCUGCCCCUGUGGUGGCGGCGGCGGGAGGACGAUGGCGGCCACUCGCUACCGACGCUUCCUCCGGCUGUGCGAGGAGUGGCCCAUCGACAGGACCAAAAAGGGUCGCGACCUCGGCACUUUCCUCAGGCAGCGGGUGGCGCAGGUCUUCCGCGAGGGGGAGAGCACCCAGAUUGCAGAUGUGGAAAAAUGUGACCAGAUGUAUGAAAGUUUAAUCAGAUUGAAUACCAAUUAUUACAGAACCAAGUUCCCACGUCUCACAAAUACAAGUUUCACUGGUGUAACAGUAGAGGAGUGCCAAGCAGUUCUUGCAACAGACAAUAUGAAACAGAUGGAAGAAAUGAAGAAAGGAAUAUGGAAGAAGUUAAGAGAGAAGCUUGUAGGCAAACCAGAGGAUACUAUAAAGGAGUAAAUGGAUAUCUUAACUAAUGUCUUUCUACCAUUAGAUCUUGUUCACUGCAGUUAUUAAACAAUAACUGUAAUGUUUUUGUGACAAUCGUUAUUUCAUUGAACAAAUGUUAAGUGACUAAGAACUCUAUAAUUUGAAAGCUAUUCAUUUUUCAGCCUGGCAGAACACUUCAUCGCAUUAAAUAAAUUAAUUUGUAUGUUCACAUUUGUAUUUAACUGUCUAAAUAUGGAUAGAAUAUUACCUUUUCAACUUAGCCAUAUGACUUUGUUUCCUCGAACAUUGCAACCUACAGAGAGCUAUACUCACAAAGUUAGAGAUUUUCUUUGUCCAAGCAGUGCAAUUUACGGAAGUCUCAAUCCUGUUCUUCUCAAGAUUUUUAGCUCAUAAUCUGGGCACACACUCAUACAAUGCUGCGGUAGUGCUGUAUUGUCAGAGGUGCCAUGUUGCUAUGCUUCAGAUGAGACUUUAAACUUGAGGUUCCACCUUCAGAUGGAUGUUAAAGAUGCCCUAACGCUAUUCAGAACAGGGAGUGUCUCCUAAUAUCCAGUCAACAGUUCACUGAUUUUAAAAANGAAUUGUCUUUUAAAUUCGCUGAUUUUAAAGAAUUGUCUUGUUUGUGGGAUACUGUUGUGUGCAAAGUGACUGCUGUCUUACAAGUACAAUCAGUACUCUUUACAGCUAAAUUCCAUGAAACUUUUGAGAUGUUUUGACAAUGUGAUCAAGUACAACAUCAAAUGCUAGGAUUAUUAUUUAUUUUGAUGGGAUUAGAAGAUCGAUCCUGACUUUGUAAACUGGUGGAACAGAUGUGUAUGGCUGAAUGACUUGCUCCUAUUUCUAUGUUUGAUGAGCAGAUGCUUUUUCCUGAAUCAAACAAGUGCAAAAUAUGCAACUCACUCUUUACAACAACUUGCAUUUAUAUAGUGCUCUUCACAUGGGUCUCGGAGCGACUAUUUAUAUGAAGUCUACUCUUUAACAUAUGCACUUCAUUAUGAAUGAAACUAAACUUUUCAAUCUUGUUUUACAAUUCAAUAUUUGUAGCUGAAUUAGCCUAAAUUUUGAACAACAAAAAAUUUACCAGUCCAUUCCCUAAAGGGAAUUGUUUUUGGACUGAGAAAUUUUGAGGACAAAAGCUAUUUUAUUUUGAAUGCUGAGCUUACAAACAUCAAUUAAAAAGCUAAAUAACUAUUCUAUUGUUUUAUGAUUAAUGCAUUGUUUCUAUCCACAUGGUAGUCAUAGGUUCGAUGACUCAUUACACAAUAGAGAAAGAGGUUAGUCUCACGGGAAGAAAUCAAAACCUUUUUACUUGUACGGCUAGUUGCGAUUUCUGGUCUUGUUCAUAAUUGCAGGUAUGAGUGAACAGUGUGAUUUUUUUUGUAGCAUUGCCAAUAAAUGAUUUUCAAUGU